CUUAUUCGUCUGAUCACGUAUGGACUGGGUGGAGAGGCAUGGCUCAACUUCAUGGGAAAUGAAUUCGGUCACCCGGAAUGGUUGGACUUCCCACGUGAGGGUAACAACCAGUCGUUUCAUUAUUGCCGAAGACAGUGGAAUCUAGCUGACGAUGAAUUGUUGAGAUACAAGUUCUUGAACAAUUGGGAUAGAGCGAUGAAUGCAGUGGAGGAGAAACACCAUUUCUUAUCGCAAGGACCUGUGAGUUUUACAUUGUGA